GCCCGCUGAUGAGUUGGAUGCAGGGAGUCUCCGGAACCGGCAAGUCCACACUUGGCGCCGCACUGGGGGAUGUGCUGGGCAUGCCGUACAUCGACGGGGACGACCUACAUCCUCGGAGCAAUGUCGAGAAGAUGUCGGCGGGACAUCCUCUCACCGACGAGGAUCGGGCUCCGUGGCUGAAGAUCAUCCGGGAGACCGGCGAGCGGGUUGCGGGUGAGCAGGAGGCGAAACAUAACGCAAGAAAGGCCAUCGAGGAGGCCAGGGGAGCGGAAGAGCCAAAUGGGGACGCGAAGGAGGCAGAAACCGUACCAGGAGUUGUGAUCGCGUGCUCGGCGCUGAAGCGCAAAUACCGCGAUCUUUUGCGCGGACUUUCCCAGCCAACAAUCACGGAGGGCGUGAAGACAUUUUUCGUUUUCAUUGAAGGAAGUCGCGAUGUGCUUGUAGACCGAAUGGCGAAACGAACGGGACAUUUCAUGAAGGUUGGCAUGUUAGACAGUCAGUUGGCCACACUGGAACAUCCGGGGAGCGAGGACGGCGUGGUGGUUGUUUCUGUAGAAGAUCCGACGUCAGCGCAAGUGAAACAGUGUGUUGAGCAGCUGAAGGCAUUAUUCUAGGAUUGUACUAAGCGUAGAGAGCUGAAAUACUGUAUGUAGCAACUAUGAUCAUGGCCUAUCGAAACAAGGCCCAACAACUUGAACGCGUCCAUCAUGUCCUCACUCUUCCGUUUGCCAUCUCUUGCACUUGACGAUGAGGACUUCAACUUCCAAUCGAACGCGACCCACGUCCUCCCGGAAUGGACGCCUCAGUUCUUCAUUCGCCCCAUGCUUGACAAGCCGCAGAAUCCCAUCAUAGACACACUCAACAAUCAAAGCAAACGCGCUCCUUCGACUCUACAGCGCUUUACACUACCUACGGAGCUCGCGUCUCUCACGCUCGACCAUUUAGCUCCACCGUUGAUACGUCCGUCGCUGCCGGCAUUGGAUGAAGAUCUUCUGUGGACCAAAGCUUUGGCGGCUAGCCCAUCCGGAGAAGUCGUUUCAUGGGACUCUUUGACAAAAGACCAUAAACCAGAGUCCUCGACCGGAUUCAUAUCUGAGCAAGACCCAUUCGUGUUUGCUGCUGCUCGAUAUUAUGUGCAGCCAUAUUUACAGGAUGCUAAUACCAUAAUCAAAUACGUCCAGCAACACGAAUUGCUCUCCGCCCUGAAAAUGACGGUGCUGGGUCUUGCUUCUCCGCUACAUGUGUGGGAUGAAACCUCGGAGGCUUUCGUGACUCUGAGGGGGGAGCAUGGAGAGCAAACGAUUCUUGUACUGGACGACAAAGACGAGAUGGCUAGCUCGAGUUACAUAUCCCGGUUUCUUGCGAUCGGCACGCUCAUGCGUCGUUUGGAGAACUUUGUUGUCGGGCUGAGGUCGAGGUUCUCGAAAGAGGGACCAACGAUACACGCCUUCAUGCAUACGUUGACCACCGUGCUCGUCUUUCUACGAGAAUCACUCUCGCAACUUCCAUCGGACGCCAGUGCAAGACUGGCGCUGGUCUCGAUCUGGAGUCGUUACGAGCUCUACGAACGAUUGUUGAACGCCCUGGCUGACUUGUGCGGCCGAAGUGUGAAGACGCCUUCCUCCAAGUUCACGUUCCCCGAUCCCGAUCCGAUUAGUCUCCUUUCCCUAAUCUAUGAUCGCCUCGAACACCAUCUGAACCAUCAAUCGUCCAGAACAGUGACUGCGCUCAUGGCCUUCCUUCUCUCUCGAACUUCGCGAGAAUAUCUCGACUAUCUAGCCCGCUCUGUUGGGCUCGGGCCCAUGAUCGUCAAAAAUAACCGUGUGGUGGGAGAACAGAAUGACCAGUACGCACUCGAUGCCGAGGACGACAUGGACAACGAAGACCGGGUUGACUGGGAAAACGUUGGUGACGAAAGCUUUCCGACUUUCUUCCCCGCACAGUUGGCCAGCAUACUGCCUGCCGCGCAGAAGUCACUCGUCUUGCUCCGGGCAGCUGAACCGGAUCAUCCGUUGCUGAGCAUCAGACCAACUGCGCCCGUCGUUCAGUGGCUCUGGGCCUGGACGGACAUCGAAGAUAUCUGGAACGACCAAUGGAAAGACCUGUCAGCCGGCACGUCUGCAGAGGCUCUUCCUGCUCAAGACGACUCGCCUGUCACGGGCCUGGCUGCCCAAUUUCGAGUGUUCGAUCUCGAACCGGGAGCUCAUCUGCUUAAAUCACACGACUCCGCGGUAUCUGUCGCAGAUUUACAGGCAUUCAUGGCCGCGUUCCCUGAGAAUCUCCCGCCAAUCACCCCGACAUUGGGACAUCUGACGACGCUCGUUUUCGAGCCUCUGAUGAAACAUGCCUCCGCGCUUUCUGGGGCCCUGUUGACCCACUUCCUCAUUCCUACGGCUUCGGUGCAGAUAGAUUCACAAGUUGAACUGCUCUCAGCGUACCUGCUCUUGGGGAAACCGGCGUUCCGAUCACGGGUGUCGGCUGCGCUGUUUUCGGAUGCAGAGGGUCGGGAACCUGGAGAGCUUGGCCCGGUCUCUGUCCGUGGCAUCGGCCGAAACCGAGCUGAAGCUCCGGUGCAGUCCAAAUGGCCCGUGGGGUUGUCGUUUUCGUUGUUGGAGCGACAAGUCUGGCCACCUGUGGGCGCCGAUCUGAGCUUUUUCUUGCGAACAGUCAUCGUCGAUUCGUUCGAAGCGUCCGUGCAGGACACGCCCCAGUCAUUCUGGAUCGAGGCUGAGCGGAGGCUGGGCUUCGCUAUCCGGGAUCUGCCGGUUGUUCCUGGGCACGAUCAAUGGAUGAAUCCGAUGGCGAUCGAAGCCCUUGACUUUUUGUACAUGGACUACAAGGCGCCGCAUCCGAUGGAUAUCGUGAUCACCCAGGAUGUUCUGUCCAAGUACCAGCGCAUGUUCACUUAUCUGCUACGGAUCAUUCGAGUGGAGCAUGCCAUCGCAGCCGUGUUUCGUAUGACCCGCCUCCCUGCGCGUCCAAUUUUCCAGACCCUGGUCAAGCCACACAGAGUGCUUCUCCACUUUCGAUUCAUCGCACACAAGUUCGUCAGCUGCAUAUCCGCCUACGUGUUAGAUACCGCUAUCCGCGGGAACUUGGAUCCCUUCCUCGCCCGGCUGUCCCCGGACUACCCCGAAGCCAAGCGCGGGUUCGGCGACGUCUUCGCGCUGGCGCGCAUGCACUCGUCUCUGCUAGACGACGUGCUGAGUGCGUGUCUGCUGCGCUCGGCCCAGCGGAUGGCCGGCGACCUCCUGCGGCAGGCUCUGCAGCUGGUUCUAGACUUUGCGGUGCUCGUCGGGGAGCGCUGUACCGGACGAUUGGAGGAAUACCAGGCCGAGCCUGAGUUGAUCGCUUUGGCCAAUGCGUUCCGCAGCAAAGUCAAUGCGUUGAUCCAGGCCCUGAAAAUGCUAGCUGAGAAGGGUUCUGGUACGAAGGACGGCGGCCCCACGGGCGGCCUCGAAGCAAUUCCACAUCUGCUCGAGCUGCUUUCCGAAUGGUGGACAAUUAGCGACGACCCUGCUUGAGCCUAGUUUGCCUUCCCGAGCUCUUUCUUGUGCAUAUUGGUCUCGGGUUCUGUCCGGGCCAUUAUCUGUCGCUCGUGAGGAGUAUUAUCAUCCACGGCCCCGAGCUGGCCUGUAACUGGAUGGUCAUCGAGCAGCACGGAUACUUGCCGAUUGCCUGCUACAGUGAUCCCACUUCAUCCGAAUCCGAUGCUAUUGGAUCUCGAGGCUUCAGGCUUCGUGACGGUCGCCUAGAAAUAUUCGAGCGUUGCGAACUUCUGAACACACACUGAGACUCAAGCCCACUUUUAAUCACCAUGAGCCCAGCCGAGGCCCGCAUAUGUCGAUAACUCCCGAGAGGCAUCCUUUGCGAACGAAAUUCGAUGUACUAUGCAUGGCCUCGAAUCAUCAACAUCGUGAUGUUCGGGACGAGUGAGAGCCACCGCAGCUUUUGGACUGCUUGUUACGGUCUCGAAAGGGUCGUCCCAACUGCGAGGGAAUUCUGCAGCUCUUCUGUCUACCUGAUAAGAUUGGGUUUACCUUUUUGAUAAGAUCGAAUACAUUACGUGAACAAUCAUUUCUGUCACGUGUGUUCAAGUACUUGACUCGGAACGCACCAGCAGACCGCCUCUUCUACAGGCUGGCUUCAUUCUGAUACUUUCCCUCCCUCAUGAAUUGACGCAGCUUGGAAGACUGCAUGUAAUCCCAUUUCCACAAUGACUGGCCCGGAAACUGCAUGCCAAGAUUGAUGGGAAAGACGUCACUGGUGCAUGCACGCGUCGCUUAACUGUGGAUCCCCAGAAACCUCCGUCAUACCCAGCCGGGAUGUAUAAAGACCGGACGCGCAUAACGGUGCUGCCCACACUUCGAACCUUUACGCCUCCAUAAUGACCUUGACGAUCUUCCUUCUUUUCUUUCUCACCUCCUACGUCCGGGUCGUCGUCGCGCAUCCCAUGGCGACACCCAUACCCAUAGACGACUCGGCCUCAGGCACCCCCGUCCACGCGCGCGCAGUGACGAGCACGUCGAAAGCGGGGAUCGCGGGCGGUGGGGACGCAGCGACCGACAUGACGCAGUUCCAGUCCACGGGCAAGGUUUCGUGGUACUACACCUGGGGCCUGUACUCGGUCAACACCUCCCUCGAGUUCGUGCCCAUGUUAUGGGGCGACCGCAAUAGCGAUGUGUCCGACUGGACGGACGCGUCGUCGGGGAUCAACGCGACCAUUCAGCAGCGCAAGCCCACCGCUAUCCUCGGCUUCAACGAGCCUCAAGAGAAGGGCCAGUCGAACUUGACACCACAACAAGGCGCGCAGCUCUGGCAGCAGUACAUCCAGCCUUUGAAAGGGCAGGGUCUGCGGCUGGGCAGUCCUGCGCCGUCCAGCGCGCCGUCUGGCAAGACGUGGAUCCAGGACUUCCUGACAGCCUGCGCGGGCGGCUGCAGCGUCGAUUUCAUCGCCCUCCACUACUACGACGUGAACGCGACGGCGUUCAUGGAGUACCUGACCGACUUCCACAACACAUUCCAGCUGCCGAUCUGGGUGACGGAGUGGUCGUGCCAGAACUACAACAACGGGCCGCAGUGCUCGUCCGACCAGAUCGUGCAGUUCCUCAACCAGACGCAGUCGUUCAUGGACCAGACGGACUGGGUCGAGCGCUACUCGUGGUUCGGCAUCCUCCGCGAUCUGCAGGGCGUCAACACCGGUGACGCGAUGAUGUCCAAGGACGGCCAGAUCAACUCCCUCGGCAAGCAGUACAUCGGCGCGGAGGCGCCCCAGACAAGUGGCGGGACGACCGCGGGCUUGCCAUCGCUGCCGACGAGUGCUGGUUUGUUGGAGAGGGCGCUGUCGACCUGGUGGAUUCUGCUGUCCUUCUCCGCAGCAGCUUGGUUAUCGAUCUAAGCACGGACGAUGUUUGAUAUACCCCCCAUGGACAAUAGAUAUGCCCUGUAUUGUACUUUUAUUCGUGCAUCACGUGCUGUCACACACUUGGGUGGACCUUCACUCGAAUAGUCUGAGACAGCCUGUUCACGCUCUCAACGCGUCUUUCUCAACGCCCACCCAGACCUCUUCGAAUCAGCAGGCUGCUCGAUGAUGCGCUUGCUUCGUGCUCGAACCGA